UUAUUUUCGAUAUUUUUGCAGGUAGUAGAGAGCAACAAAGUGUCGUUGAGUGACUAAUUUCAUCCAAACAUGUGAUUUCGCGAGUGCCGGUCCGCGGAGAUGCGACGAUAAUGAACGCGAGACGGAAACCAGGAAACAACAGUUGAACUCCCUCGGAAACGUGUGUCUUCGACAAAGGAUAUACCCGAGAUUGAAUUGUAAACGUGAGAAGAGAAGAAGAAAUUGACAUAAAACCGGGAUGACUUUAUCUCGGAUCAGCAAGUACGACGACCGGGAUUGCAUCCCGAUGCGGUCUGUCGGUGGCUCGUCAUCGACGAGCUCGUCCCUCGGCACGGCGCCAGUGUCGAUGACGACUCGCACAAACGGAUUCCAUCCGCCUGUCCAUCAGCUGCAGCACCAGCAGCGAUUGCAACAGCUCCAGAAACAGCACAUGCAGCGACAUCACUACUUGGCGCCGGAACGGUCCGAGUCGCCGGCGUCGCACCUGGGCAUGGGUGGCGACUACCCGGGGGACGACUCGUGCGUGCUGGUUCCCGAGGAACGCGUGGGUCUCCUUGCCAAGAACGCGGCCCGAGCGGCCCCGCCUGCUGCUCCCAGCAACGGCCACCGAAACGGGGCUCCACCGGCUGCUGGCCCGAAGAAAAACCGGAAGUUAGGGGAAUGUCCAUCCAAGGAAAGACAGGCUAUGAGCGGCGUCGGCAUCUCCCCGAUCGGGAUCAUGUGCGUGCCCGAGCGAAAACGCGCUUGA